GGCCACACUCCUUCAAAACUUCCCAGCUACUGCUCCCCCCAUCCCCUUCCUUCCUCCCAAAACCAGGAGAGAGAACAAAAAAAAAAAAAAAAACACUUUGACAGAGAAAAGAAAGAAAGAGAUGAGAACCAGCAACCACUUGAUCGGCCUACUAAACUUCCUAACCUUCCUCCUCUCAGUCCCCAUCCUGGGCGGCGGCAUAUGGCUCAGCACCCGAGCCAACAACACGGACUGCCUGAAGUUCCUCCAGUGGCCCAUCAUCAUCAUCGGCGUCUCCAUCAUGGUCGUCUCGCUAGCGGGCUUCGCCGGGGCCUGUUACCGCAACAGUUUCCUCAUGUACCUCUACUUGUGGGCCAUGUUCUUCAUAAUCGCCGCACUAAUCGGAUUCAUUAUCUUCGCCUACGCCGUCACCGAUAAAGGAACCGGACGGCCCGUCCCGAACCGGGCCUACCUGGAGUACCACCUGGAGGAUUACUCGGGUUGGUUGGAGGAGCGCGUGGCGAGUCAGAGCUAUUGGGGGAAGAUCAGUUCGUGUAUUAGGGAUUCCAAGGUUUGUGCUAAGAUGGGGAUGCAGAUUGGGGGUGUGCCUGAGGCCGCUGAUUUGUUCUAUCUCAGGAAGCUCAGUCCUAUUCAGUCUGGAUGUUGCAAGCCCCCUACAGAUUGCGGGUACAGUUACGUGAACGAGACAGUUUGGAGCAGCGGAGGAGGGCUCGCGGGAAGCGACAUGGACUGCACCACGUGGAGCAAUGACCAACAGCAGCUAUGCUACGACUGCAACUCCUGCAAGGCCGGUGUUCUGGCCAGCCUGAAAAAGAGUUGGAGAAAGGUCUCCGUCAUCAACAUCAUUAUACUGAUCAUCAUGGUGAUUGUUUACGUGGUCGCUUGCACAGCGUUUAGGCACAACCGUCGGAUUGACAACGAUGAACCCUAUGGGGAGACCCGGAUGGAGAAGGCACGGCCUAGUAGGAUACAAUUCUAGCGAAGGUGUUUGGUUGAUGAGAAACUGUGAAGUUUGAUGAAGCCUUAAUGUGUAAUGCUAUUUUGAAUGGUUGGUUUUUGUGUUGUUUUGACAAUAUGUAUGUAGGUUGGAUGUAUAUGUUGUCUUGGUGGUAACAUUUCCCUUUAUGAAUCUUCCACUGGGAAAAAAAAAAUUAGAAUUUAUGCAUUGUACACAACAUAGGCUUGGGAAAUUAUCAGAUUUCUAGUGUUGUAUGAACAAUGAUGACAAUGGUAACUAUUUGUGAAAUUAUUUUUUUC